AGGCAUGCUCGCUUAACCUUGCCUUCUUCCCAUCACAACCAAACACUUAAACAAGAGUACCUCCAUUAAAAUUGCCACUAUGGUUUGGCCAGGGCUAGCAAGUUAUACUACUAGUAAAAACGUGGAUUACCGCCUUGUUCGAAACCAAAACAACCCCAAAUCUACAAAUGAUUCCAGACUACGUAUCUUUGGGCAUAAGGGUACCUCCAACACUAAACUUUCACCUCCUUUCUUUACAGAAGCACAGUUGACAUCUGUGUUUAGGCGGUUUGAUGGUAAUAGAGACGGCCGCCUCAGCAGGCAAGAGCUUAGGAGUGCUUUCAACAGCCUAGGUUCACGGUUUCCAACCUAUCGAGCUUUUGCCGCCCUUCAUCAGGCUGACCAAAAUGGGGACGGAUACAUUAGCGAGGACGAGAUGGAUGAUCUUAUUCAUUAUGCUUUGAGUUGUGGGUACCAUGUUCAGUAGAAUCACCCAAU